UUAUACUGAAUUACUAAAACUAAAUAAAAAAAUUAAAACAAAGAAGAAAAAAAAUGCAACAAAAGCCCAACCUUGUCAAACCCUUUCUACCCCGACCCGUUCAUAAUCAACGAAACAAUGGUUUGGGAAAAAGAGAUUGAUGAACCUCCUUGGCCCGAAAGACAAAUGACAGAAGAUGGAGCUGAUCAUCAUGACGAGCAGCAGGAGGAGGUUGGUGCGGUAGAUCCGCCGCCAUCGUCAUCCUUUUCUCCUAGUGUCAGUCCGGCGCCGGUGGUAUCUCCGGAAAGAAACCUACUGGAUGCGGGAGAACCUGAUGAGGAUGAUGAGUUGUUCGCGGAAACGUCUAGUCCUAUGUGCUCGUUUGGACUUGAUCCCGAUUGCCCAUGGCACGAGCUAGUUAUGGAGUCGAUGAAUACUGAUUUUGGUUCUUCUGAAGAAGACGAGGACGGAGAUCUAAAGCCCGAGGAGGAAGAAAGGAUGAAAAGGGACACUCUAGGCCUUGCCGAUAUAGCUUUGGACUAUUACAACAAGAAGGAAGGCGUGAAUUAUGUGUUUGACGAGCCCUUCCUUUGCCGUUGCAUUCUCUUUGAACUUGUGAUGGUUUUCCAUUUCAAUUUCACUGCCAAGGAGGGAAACAACUCUCCCAUGGAGGGAAACAGCUCUCCCAGUCCGCUGUUUUUUGGUGAGGCAAUCAGAUACUACGGGGGAGGUUUCAACAUUCUUAAAUGUGUCAAGUUGGAUACUUUUGGAGACAAUGGUGUCCGCAAUGGUUGCAUCUAUUGUCGGAAAGAAAUCAAACAUCCUCCUGUGGGAAUAUGUGAGUUUGGUAUGAACGAGAUUGAUGAUUACAUCAACUUAGAAAGACAAAUGAAAGCAAACAACACCAUUCCAUUCCAUGAUCAAGGCAAGGAAGAAGCUGACUGACUGUGACUGGCCUGCCACCAUUACUGAUCUCCUUCCCAUACCCCAAAUGCCGACCCAUCGACCUGCCUGCUCAAGUAGUAAAAUUCAUUCCCCGCCCUAUUGUUAGCUACGCUACGCACCAAACUUAUAUACUCUAUGCAAGUGUCACGAGGUUAAGACUUUUCUACCAUGUUAGUUAGUUACUCUAAAGAAGUAUAUGUUAUUAAGCAUUAUGCAUUACUAUAUAUUUGUGACUGCCAAGGGAUAGGAUGACAUUGAUCUGGCCUCGGUUAGCUCUGCUACCAGCUCGGGCAAAGGAUCUUUCUCCACCUUCAUUUUUGGUUCAUCUUCUUUCUGGACUCUGUAUAAAAGAGUCUGGUUACGUUGCAACUUGGGUACUGAGGUUUAUUCAUCUUCCUUAUGUGUACAAUUAAC